AAAAUUUCUAGCUGUCCUUGGAGAAUUAAAGUGAAUACUCAAACAGGGUUUUACCUCUGAUGAAGAUCCCACCGGUUUAUGCGUCGCAGUUUACAAAGAGUUUUCAGUUGCUUCAGGAGCUGCUUUCUGCUUGUGGGAGGAGGGAAGAGCUAUGGUGCGCUUUUCCCCAUCCCACGGUUUCUGUGGCUGACGCUGGGUCAAGUUCUGCGAUGCUCUAGCAACUCUCCCUGAAGAAAGCAAGCUUCCCCAAGGGGCCUGGGAACCUGGGCAGGAUUCCCCCUCGCCUCACUUCCGAAGAAGAGGUGCUGCCUCUGGAGGUGGAUAGGAGGGCACCGGGCACCGAAAGGGGACUGCUGCAAAUGAACCUGAACCAGAGGAUGCCCGGACGGGACCUAGGGAGCGGUGUGCUUCUGUGCUCCGGAUUGUCAACCCCAGACUCCGGUCAGGAGGUGCCCUGGCCGAAGGAUGGGAGUCACCCAAGCCUAGUCCUGGAAUUGGGGGGAUACCACGUAAAGAGGCCGCUGGGUCAAGGCCCGGGACCGGGGCACCCAAGGACACUCCCUGCCAUUCCUGUUCCAUCAGCGUGGAUCCCUGCCAGGAGUGGCAGGCCUAGGUCCCGCCCAGCCUGCUAGAGUCAUGGACGGUGCGAGCCAGCCCGCAUCUCUAGAGGGCUCCGAUCUCUCCGCGUAGCUGAGGCCGCGCGGUGGCGCCAGAGCUCACCGCUGGGCCGCGCUUGCCCGCCUGCUGUGGGGUCACGUGGCGCGGGGCGGCGCAGUCCGAUGACGUACGCGCAGCGCCCUUCUCGCCCCGUCUGCCGCGGGGUCACGUGGCGCGGCCGGCGCAGCUAGAUAACGCGACGCCCGGCCCCUGGUCGCUGCUCCCGCCCCGCCCCGCCGCUACCGCGCCGAGUCCUUUUGUCCAAGAUGGCGGCGCCGGGGGCGCUGCCUCUUCAGCCGCCGCCGCCGCCGCUGUGAGGGGCCUGCGGGCCGCCCGCCCGCCCGCCGCGCCGGCGCCAUGAAGAGGCAGAGCGAGCGAGACUCGAGCCCGAGCGGGCGCGGCUCGUCAUCGUCGGCCAAGCGGCCGCGAGAGCGCGAACGGGAGGCGGAGGCGGGCGGGCGGCGGGCGGCGCACAAGGCCUCGGGCGGCGCCAAGCACCCCGUUCCAACGCGGACCCGUGACAAACCCCGCGGUACCGGGGGCGGCGGGGGUGGGCAUCGCGACGGCCGCGGCGCCGGGGACGCGAAUCACCGUGUGAGCAGCGGCCGCUCCUCGGGCUCGGGCGCUGGCGGCGGGGGACGCGGCGGCAAGGCCUCGGGGGACCCGGGCGCCUCAGGUGCUUCGCCCCGCGCAUCUCCUCUGCCGCCACCGCUGCCGCCGCCCGGGGCCGAGCCCGCGGGUCCCGGUUCGUCAGCGGCCGCGCCCGAGUACAAGACGCUGCUCAUCAGCAGCCUGAGCCCUGCGCUGCCCGCCGAGCACCUCGAGGACCGGCUUUUCCAUCAGUUCAAGCGCUUCGGAGAGAUCAGCCUGCGCCUGUCGCACACGCCUGAGCUGGGCCGCGUGGCCUACGUGAACUUCCGGCAUCCGCAGGACGCGCGCGAGGCCCGCCAGCACGCUCUAGCCCGCCAGCUGCUGCUCUACGACCGCCCGCUCAAGGUGGAGCCCGUGUACCUGCGCGGCGGCGGCGGCGGCGGCGGCGGGAGCAGCCGGCGAAGCAGCAGCAGCAGCGCCGCCGCCUCCACGCCGCCCCCCGGGCCACCCGCACCCACCGACCCGCUGGGCUACCUGCCGCUGCACGGCGGCUACCAGUACAAGCAGCGCUCGCUGUCCCCUGUGGCCGCCCCGCCACUGCGGGAGCCCCGCGCCCGCCACGCCGCUGCAGCCUUUGCCCUCGAUGCCGCCGCUGCCGCCGCCGCCGUAGGACUAUCUCGGGAGCGGGCCCUGGACUACUACGGGCUGUACGACGACCGCGGGCGUCCCUACGGCUACCCCGCCGUGUGUGAGGAGGACCUGAUGCCUGAGGACGACCAGCGGGCCACGCGCAACCUCUUUAUCGGGAACUUGGAUCAUAGUGUGUCUGAGGUGGAGCUGCGACGGGCCUUCGAGAAGUACGGCAUCAUUGAGGAGGUGGUCAUCAAGAGACCUGCCCGUGGCCAGGGCGGGGCAUAUGCCUUCCUCAAGUUCCAGAACCUGGACAUGGCCCACAGGGCCAAGGUGGCCAUGUCGGGCCGGGUGAUUGGCCGCAACCCCAUUAAAAUAGGCUAUGGCAAGGCCAACCCCACCACUCGCCUCUGGGUGGGUGGCCUGGGACCUAACACCUCAUUGGCGGCUCUGGCCCGGGAGUUUGAUCGCUUUGGGAGCAUUCGGACCAUUGAUCAUGUCAAAGGAGAUAGUUUUGCCUACAUCCAGUAUGAGAGCUUGGACGCAGCCCAGGCUGCUUGUGCUAAAAUGAGGGGCUUUCCCUUGGGCGGUCCAGACCGCAGACUGCGCGUGGAUUUUGCCAAAGCAGAGGAGACUCGGUAUCCCCAGCAGUACCAGCCCUCACCCCUUCCUGUGCAUUACGAGCUUCUCCCAGAUGGAUAUACCCGGCACCGAAACCUGGAUGCGGACUUGCGGGUGCGGGAUAGGACCCCCCCACACCUCUUGUACUCAGACCGAGACCGGACCUUUUUGGAAGGGGACUGGACCAGCCCCAGUAAAAGCUCUGACCGCCGAAACAGCCUGGAGGGCUACAGCCGCUCAGUGCGUAGCCGGAGUGGUGAGCGCUGGGGAGGAGAUGGGGACCGGGCCCUACCCAAGCCCUGGGAGGAGAGGCGGAAGCGGAGGAGCCUUUCCAGUGACCGCGGGAGGACAACCCACUCCCCUUACGAGGAACGGACCAGGACCAAGGGUGGUGGGCAGCAGGCAGACCGAGGCUCUGACCGCACCCCUGAGCGCAGCCGCAAGGAAAACCACUCCAGUGAAGGGACCAAGGAGUUGAGCAGCAACUCCCUCAGCAACAGCAGACAUGUUGCUGAGGAGCGGAGCCACCACCACCACCAUGAAGUUCCAGAUUCUUCCCACGGGAAGAAGACACGAGAGAGCGAGCGCAAUCAUCGGACCACUGAGGCUGAGCCCAAGGCUCUUGAAGAGCCAAAACACGAGACCAAAAAGCUCAAGAAUCUUUCAGAGUAUGCCCAGACACUGCAGCUGGGUUGGAAUGGGCUUCUAGUGUUGAAAAACAGCUGCUUCCCAACAUCUAUGCACAUCCUAGAGGGGGAUCAGGGGGUUAUCAGCGGUCUCCUCAAAGACCACACUUCUGGGAGUAAGCUGACCCAGCUGAAGAUUGCCCAGCGCCUUCGACUGGACCAACCCAAGCUCGACGAGGUCACACGGCGCAUCAAGCAGGGGAGCCCGAAUGGCUAUGCGGUGCUCCUAGCCACCCAGGCAACUCCCAGUGGGCCUAGCACUGAGGGGAUGCCCUCGGUGGAGCCAGGCCUACAGAGGCGGCUUCUCAGGAACCUAGUCUCCUACUUGAAACAGAAGCAGGCAGCAGGGGUGAUCAGCCUGCCAGUGGGGGGGUCCAAGGGCAGAGACAGCACAGGCAUGCUCUAUGCCUUCCCGCCCUGUGACUUUUCACAGCAGUACCUCCAGUCAGCACUAAGGACAUUGGGCAAGCUAGAAGAAGAACACAUGGUGAUAGUGAUAGUAAGAGACACUGCCUAGCCCAAACCUGUCUUUUCCAGCUCCAUGUUUGUGUCACAAAAGCAGUUAUUUUAAAAUCUGAUCUUCCCCCCUGCCCCCAUCCUAUCCCCUUGGUUUGAAUUCUCUGCUGGGUUAUUUUGGUUCAUUUGGUGGGUGACCAAAGUCCUGUUCCCCACCAAAACUAAACUAAGGUCUUAGGUUUUGGGGUGUUUUUUUUUACAGCGAUGAGAAGGGAAUCCUGUCAUGUUGAUUUCUAGUGUACAAGAUACUGUCUGCUGUGUUCUGUAUUUUUUUAUUUUUUGACUAAUUGUAUGGAAAGUUGUCAGUAAAGCCUUUGUCAGAGGAUGGAUUUUUAA